GGGGACUCUGCCCGCUAAGCUACUUUCUAUUUUAAGUGCCUGUAUGUCUCAGGCUGGGUUUGAAGCCUCCAGCGUGUUUGGAGUUAAUUCCCAUUAGGUUGGACUCCGCCCCUCUCUCCCAAAGGUAAAGCAAGGUUUUCAGGCAUCUCUGCAAAGGGCAGCUAGGAUUCCCAUCCCUGUCUAACAAGCUGUGAGGAGAAGUUGUUUCUGAGAUCUGAGCCUGAAGAGAGAGUCAGUCGGCCUUCGUGGUCAGAAGAGAAACCUGAGACCAUGAGGAGCAGCCUGACCAUGGUGGGAACCCUCUGGGCCUUCCUGUCCCUUGUUACUGCUGUGGCCAGUUCUACCAGUUAUUUCCUACCUUACUGGCUCCUUGGAUCCCAGCUCGGGAAGCCAGUGUCAUUUAGCACAUUCCGGAGGUGCAACUACCCUGUGCGGGGAGAGGGACACAGUCUGAUCAUGGUGGAAGAAUGUGGGCGUUAUGCCAGCUUCAAUGCCAUCCCAAGCCUGGCCUGGCAGAUGUGCACGGUGGUGACAGGUGCCGGCUGUGCUCUGCUGCUCCUGGUGGCACUGGCUGCUGUCCUGGGUUGCUGCAUGGAGGAGCUCAUCUCCAGAAUGAUGGGACGUUGCAUGGGAGCAGCGCAGUUUGUUGGAGGGCUGCUGAUAAGCUCAGGCUGUGCCUUAUACCCUUUAGGAUGGAAUAGCCCGGAGAUAAUGCAAACAUGUGGGAAUGUCUCCAAUCAAUUUCAGUUAGGUACCUGUCGGCUUGGCUGGGCCUAUUACUGUGCUGGAGGUGGAGCAGCUGCAGCCAUGUUGAUCUGUACCUGGCUCUCUUGCUUUGCUGGAAGAAACCCCAAGCCUGUCAUGUUGGUGGAGAGCAUGAGGAAUACCAAUUCUUAUGCUAUGGAGCUUGACCACUGCCUCAAACCUUGAGCUUUGAAAGAAGAUUGGAGAGGGUGGGAAGGGGCAGGAAAGAGAGACCUGAAAACAUGUAUUAAAGAUUAGGCCAUUUGUCAUCUGACUGCCAGAAGUAUAGCCUAGUGUUUGCAUGCUUUUUAACGUAAUUGUCAUUCAUUUUCAUAUAUCUUUAAGCCAGUAGGUCACUGGCUGUUUAUAAAAUUCAUCUAGAGCAAACAUUCUCAGACACUUACCCAGCUGGUGAGUACCUGCCAACCCAAAGACUCAAAGUACUCCUUUAUGCAAAAUAGGAUCUAAAGCUAAGGCUGGGUAAGAAUCGUUGUGCAGAGAGGGAGCACGAGAUGGGUAGAGCUGGUUCCUACCACUCCAAUCACACAGCUCAUUCCAUCAUUUAUUGCCACCCCCAAACAUAUCUGGAGUACCACUGCUCAAUUCUUGUGAUACUCUCAGGAGUA